CAGGCGAGGUAAGACAAGGAUAUAAGACUCAGUUGCGGCUUCCCUCCGCCCGCACUCCCGCUUACGCGCACAAGGGGACACAUCUAAGCCGGACUCCUUACUCUGGACAGAGGGCAGCGGCUCCCCGCACCUUCGCCGCACCAGCAGGAAGACGGGGUUCGCUCUUCGCCAAAAACCCGAGUCCUGCCGAACACUCCGAGGAGCAGCGCCGAACGCUCCCGCCGCCGCCUCGCCAGGCGUCCUCCUCGGUUACCUGCACGGAGGUUUGAUGAGGGAAUCAUGAUGGGGAACAAAACGAGAAGGGGCUUUGAUUUCAAGGGCUUCCUGAAGAGGAACUGGCUACUGAUAGCGACCAUUAUCUCGGUGGUAUUAGGAAUUGGGCUGGGUGUUCUGGUCCGGGAAUAUGGCUCCCUCUCACAGCUCAACAAGUACUACUUCGGUUUUCCGGGCGAGCUGCUCAUGCGAAUGCUGAAGCUGGUCAUCCUGCCGCUCAUCAUCUCCAGCAUGAUAACAGGAGUGGCUGCCCUGGAUUCUGAGGUGUCUGGAAAGAUUGGAUUGCGCGCAGUCAUUUACUACUUCUCCACUACGAUUAUUGCUGUCAUCCUGGGAAUCGUUCUGGUCAUGACUAUCAAGCCUGGCGUCUCUCAAGUAGCUGAAAACAUAGACAGGACUGGGUCCACACCAGACGUCAGCACCGUGGACGCCAUGUUGGAUCUCGUCAGAAACAUGUUUCCCGAGAACCUUGUCCAAGCGUGUUUUCAGCAGUACAAGACGAAGCGCGACGAGAUCGAGCCCAGCAAGCCGGCCGUAAACUCCACUGUCGCUUCUCCUGUCACAACUGUCAUGACAACCCUUCUGCAGAAGAAUGUGACAAAGGACUACAAGAUAGUGGGGCUGUACUCAGACGGGAUCAACGUCCUGGGUCUUAUCGUCUUUUGCCUGGUAUUCGGGUUGGUCAUUGGGAAGAUGGGCGAGCGGGGCCGCAUCCUUGUGGAGUUCUUCGACGCGCUCAACGAAGCCACCAUGAAGAUUGUCCAGAUCAUCAUGUGUUACAUGCCGGUAGGAAUACUGUUCUUAAUCGCCGCCAAGAUCAUCGAGGUGGAAGACUGGGACAUCUUUAGGAAGCUGGGCCUCUACAUGGUAACAGUGCUUAGCGGGCUGGCCAUCCAUUCCACCAUCUUCCUCCCACUGAUCUACUUUCUGUUUGUGAGGAAGAACCCCUUCAAAUUUGCCUUUGGGAUGGCCCAGGCCCUGCUGACUGCCCUCAUGAUCUCCUCCAGCUCCGCCACACUGCCCGUGACCUUCCGGUGCGCCGAGGAGAACAACAUGAUCGACAAGCGCAUCACGCGCUUUGUGCUACCCGUGGGCGCCACCAUCAACAUGGAUGGCACGGCCCUCUACGAGGCGGUGGCCGCGAUAUUCAUCGCUCAGCUGAACGACUACGCCCUGGACGUGGGUCAGAUUGUCACAAUCAGUAUAACAGCAACAGCUGCCAGCAUCGGUGCUGCUGGGGUUCCAAAUGCAGGCCUGGUAACCAUGGUGAUCGUCCUGACUGCAGUGGGCCUUCCAGCCAAUGAUGUCACUCUUAUAGUUGCCGUGGACUGGCUGCUAGACCGUUUCCGUACCAUGAUCAACGUCUUGGGCGAUGCCUUCGGGGCCGGAAUAGUACAGAAACUCUCCAAGAAGGAGCUGGAGAGGAUGGACAUCACGUCGGAUGUAGAUGUGGUGAACCCCUUCGCCCUGGAAGCCACCAUGGAUGACGAGGAUGGCGAGAAGAAGUCGUACGUCAACGGCGGCUUCACUGUCGACAAGAGCGACGCCAUUUCCUUCACACAGACCUCCCAGUUCUAGUGGUCAGUAUCUGGGGUGGGGGUGGGGGGGGGGGAAAGGACAGGAACCACUUGCAUUCAGCUUUUAGCGUACGAUGUGAGAGGAACGAACCAUAGCAUCAGUGCCAUUACAUAACGACAGUGAUGACGGGGCUAAUGAGGAAGGCGUCUGAGCCCAGACUUCAGCAAUAGCACACAUUAACUGUUAUUCGACAUCCCCCUGACGGGUGCUCUUAUGAUCGACCAAGCGAGCGCGUGCGUACCAAGCCCCGAGGGAGACUCAGGACGUUGCGGACAUCUCUGGAAAGUGUUCUUCAGGACACGUGAGCUUCCGCAGCGUUGGGACUUACGGUUUUUUUUUUAUUUCGCAAAGGAGUGAGCAGACACACGUUGCUUCCAGUUUAUAAGCUGGCAUUUAACGUCAUCUUACACGAAGCAAGCCCCUUUGCCAAGUCUCGCCAUUGUGUGUGCCUUGCCCCCAUUGCCAAAAUCAUUGCAGCUAUCCGAAGCAUUGCAGUUUCUGUCGUGUGGGACAUUCACUAGAACCUGGCCAAUGAACUGUGCAGUGUAAAAAAUAAGCAUGGUUAGAGCGUCUGACAGAGAUUCGCGUCCAAGAGGUUGAGCAUCUCUGUUGCUGUAAAAUUUCAAGUGUCUUAUUUUAGCAUCUUAAAUGUUUUAUGUGGUGCUUUCAGGAAUUCACAGCCUGCUGUUGUUACUAACACAUUUUCACGUGCAUGAUACACACUGGACAUGCAAUCGGUUCUGCCUUCGGGAUAAAUGGAAAUGAAUCAAAUCGGCCGCUUGCUUCCCCCGGAGGAUUUCGCUUUUUGUGUUUUUUGCAGAUGCCAGCCCUACCGCUCUAGAACACGUCACUUGUCAGACAGGUGCUGCUGAACGGUAAAAAGCACGGCUGUGUUUCUGUAAGGGAGCAGUCUGCAUCGUUUGAAUUAGAGUGUGGUUAGUAUUGAUUUUGUCAAUGAUUUCCAACGAAAGUGAUAAAUAAUUUAAUAUCCAAGCACCUUCACAGCUGGCUGAAACUGUUUCAGAAUGUUCGGUGUCCUGUCCUUCUUUUUUAACUUACAGAAGUCCUAUGGGAACUUUGUAUAUUAAACUUUUUACUAAUGAAUUGUUGCAUGAACCGAUUUCACUAGAAAUGUUUAGUUGAAGGGGUCUUUAUGAGGGGAGAGAGCCUGCGGAUGAGCAUGUCUUAGAGUUGAGGGAAUCGGUACAGUCACCCGUACGAACCAAUAACUCAAGUUUUCUGGCUUCUGUGUUCUGUCAUUGGCAAUUAAGGGUGAGAGGUUGCUGUGGUACCAAAGCAAAGGGUAUGAUUACCUGGAUGUUACACAGUCGGAUUCUAACAAUACAGCCCCCAGUAAGCCGCCACAGUGGCUAACAGAUUAACUGUUUAGAAGUAAAGUCACUGCAAACAUCUGGGACCCCGAAAGGUGAAUCUGUACUGUAAUAUAACAUCAGAAAGUGCCAGUAUAUUCCCAUUAUAUUCUUUUUUUGUGUUGUACGUGUGUUUCAGAUUGAUGGUUUAUUUUCUGCGUAAACGCGAUGAAAGCAAUCUCUCCGUCACGUGAAAAUGUGCCAAAAAUAAUAAUGUGUAAAAAAAAAAAAUAAAAUCAGUCAUGAAUCUGAAGCAUUGCUCAGCAGAGGUUCUGUAGAACGCAGAUGAUUUGAUUGGACCUGAGCUGUUCUGAAUACUGUGAAAAGCGAGUGAUCUGCUUGCCGAUGGGUGAAGAUGCGAGCUCUGUGACAUUACCUGCUAGGAUCAUGUUUAGGUAUAUGCUGUGAUAAUUUCCAAAGCACAUAACAAACGCUGAUAAAUGUCAACAUGCGUAUCUUAUAUGUAAAAGAAUUAUGUGUUUUGAUUAUGCACUCGAUGUCUUUAAAUUGAAGCAAAUAAAGAAAAUAUCUACUUAAGCCUGAA